AUGCCUGUGCUGCAGGUGGCACAUGAGACGGAUGAGGCGACCAAGGAGUCGAUCCGCCACGCAGCGGAGGGCGAUGUCACCGAGGCGGCCAAGGAUGUGGGGGACAUGGCUAAGAAUGCGGCCAAGGGCGCAAAGGAGUCUGCCAAGCUGAUGUACGACAGCGUGAAGGAGAAGGCGGGCAUGGGGGGCUCCUCCGCUAAGGAGGACCUCAAGCAGGACAAGCCCUGA